AUGUCCAAAAUAGAUGUGAGGGAUUCGGCUCCUAGGCUCUGCAGCCUCACGCUGAAAAAGCUGGUUGUCCUCAAAGAACUGGAUAAGGAGCUGAACUCUCUGUCUAUAGCUGUCAAAAUACAGUACCCCCAUUUCCUUAAGAGGGAUGCCAACAGACUGCAGAUUAUGCUGCAAAGAAGGAAACGUUACAAGAAUCGAACCAUCCUGGGCUACAAAACUCUGGCAGUGGGAGUCAUCAAUAUGGCAGAGGUGAUGCAGCACCCAACAGACGGAGGACAAAUUCUGGGUCUCCAUAGCAACGUGAAAGAGGCGCCAGUGCGUGUGGCGGAGAUCAGCGUGUACUCUCUGUCCAGCCAGCCCAUCGACCAUGAGGAUGGGAGUGGACAAGCUGGCCGCAAGACCAAAACUUCAGACCGCUCCCCAGACAUGGAUAAUUAUUCAGAGGACGAUGACGACAGCUACUCAUCAGAGCAGGAGGCCAGUGAUGAUGCAGUCCAUGCCCAGGAUCUUUAUGAUGAAGACGAUGAAGUGAGGAAGCCCAAGAAAACCCGAAGGAAAAUGAUCCGAGCCACCUCCAUGACCAGGCAACCUAAUUUCAAGCAGAAAUUUGUGGCCCUGCUGAAGAGGUUCAAGGUUACAGAUGAGGUGCUGGACUCCGACCCGGUGGACCAGACCCAGGAAGUGGAGGAGGAUCUGGACCUGCUCUACGACAGUUUGGAGGUGUACAACCAGAGUGACAGCGGGCCAGAGAUGGAGGACAAUGAAAGUGUCUUGAGCACUCCAAAGCCCAAACUCAAGCCCUUUUUUGAAGGAAUGUCGCACUCCAGUUCCCAGACAGAGAUAGGAAGCAUACACAGCCAAAAAAGCCAGCAGAGAGAGCUGUCCUGUCCAAGCGGGGACUUUCUAACUGUGGACAGAUGUAAAGUGCAAGGAGGCCGAUAUCAAGAUGACGGCAUCACAGACACAACCGUCGGGGUUCAGGAGCCUGAAAUUGAUGACAGUGGACCAGGUUCAGGGGAAGUGAACAGCUGGGACGUCAACACUGAACGUGUGACCAGCACUGUUGGCAAGCUCUACAAAACAGAGUCCCAAAACCACAUGUCUCCAAGUAAAGUGGAAAACAAGCUGCAGAGACGUCCCCGCAGCACCUCCAUGAAAGACAGACAAAACUCAAAGGCACAGAGCGACAGAACCAGUAGCAUCGACAGCGAGUGCUCCCCAGAGUCCCGGCUAAUAGCGCAGGUUCCCAGAAAGUCAGUGUACGACCAGCUAAACCAGAUCCUCAUCUCCGACGAGCGCCUCCCAGAGAGCAUCAUCCUCAUCAACACCAUGGAGUGGCAAGGACAGUAUGUAGCCGAGUUGCUCCAUGAACAGGGCCAGCCCAUUGUCUCCACGUGCUCUGCUGCCGAUGUGCAGGCUGCCUUCAACACCAUCGUCACACGCAUCCAGAGAUUCUGUAACUGCAAUGCGCAGACACCACCGACGAUGAAGGUGGCAGUGGCAGGCGACCAGAGUUACCUCAGCACCAUCCUGAGAUUCUUUGUGGAGCAGCUGGCCAAUAAGACGCCAGACUGGCUCAGUUACAUACGCUUCCUGGUGAUCCCCAUUGGUUCUCACCCCCUUGCAAAGCACGUGGCCUCUUUUGACAGUCGAUUCAACAACAUCUUCAUGGACACUGCGUGGAGGGAGCUGUUCUGCCGGACGGAACGGCCUGCCUCAGAUAAUAUAGAUGUAGCGGGACGAGUCAUUCAGUAUCUGGCCGGUGCCAACGUGUCCCACCAGUUCCCCAUCUCAGAAGCCAUGCUCACCUACAAACAGAAGAGACUUUUCACUGUCUUUGUUCACAGCCCUGACGAGGACUCCUGUCAGAAAUUUGUGCCAUUCAUCGGGGUCGUAAAAGUUGGAAUUGUGGAACAAAGCCUCUCAACCUCAAUGGACUCGGAUGAUGCGAUGGGAGGUAACACGAGCAUCCUGUCCUCCCCGACGCCCCCAGUGGCUGGUCCCUAUGGGAAAGAGAUUGGGAGCACCCCCCCACAGUCUCCCUCUGUGUCCACCGCCCUGUCUGGAGCUGGAUCUCCGUGCUCGGGCAGCGAGGUGAUGGGGCUCCAGGUGGACUACUGGACGUGGCAGGGCCCGGAGAAGAAGAAGGAGGGAGAGAAGCGAGACGUGGGGUUGAAGAACACUCUGAAGAGCAACUUCCGUUCACUACAAGUCAGCCGCCUGCCCAGCGGAGGGGAGCUCACCCCUCCCCACAGCAUGGCCAUGACUGUGGUCACCAAGGAGAAGGGUUACAAGAAAGUGAUAUUUCUUAGCAAGAAACCCAAGGAGAAAGAGCUGGACUCUAAGAGCCAAGUGAUCGACGGCAUCAGCAGGUUGAUCUGCACCGCCAAGCACCAGCACACGAUGCUGAGAGUCACGAUCGACGGAGUGGAGUGGAAUGACGUCAAGUUUUUCCAGCUGGCUGCCCAGUGGCCGACGCACGUCAAGCACUUCCCAGUGGGAAUCUUCGGCUACACAAAGCCGACAACGGAAGAGUGUGGUGGUGACGUGCAGUGA